AUGGAAAAAAUUAUAGAUGAAGUCAAUAGAGGAAAGAUCAAGGAAAACGAAAAGACUCAUAAAAUAAAAAAACUAUAAAAACUUGAUGAGGAUAAACUAAGAGAACUAUUUAGUGAUGAGGGUUCUGAAUACUAUGACGAGGAGGACUAUGAUGAAGAGGAGGAAAAGAAAGAGAACGUGAUGAGUGGAGGUGAUGAAGAAGAGGAUAUAGAAUUUGAUAGAGAGGAUUAGAUUAUCCAAAAGUAAGAAACUAAUACUCGUAAGACUUCAGAUGAACUUGUCAAGAAAAGCUUCAUUUAAAAAAGCUAAAUGAAUCCUAAAGUUGUAGACGAAGACGAUGAAGAUUACUCGCAUGAAUUCAGCAACAGUGACAGUAGUCCUAAAAUUCCUCUUGGUGCUAAUAACAAUGUUAAGUAGGUCACCCUCAAGCUCAGAUAGAUGAAAAGACUUGAUACCAUUGAGGAUGAAAAUGCUAGAGAGGAAAAGGAGGAAUUACUGGAUUUGAAAGGAUAUGACAAUGAUGAUGAAAUAAGUGACAUCAAUAUGCCUGAAAUAGAUGCCAAGAAAAACAAUUCUGUAGUUCAUACUAAUAGGAUGAAGCGCUAUAACUCUAUAAAGAAGAUCAAAAUUUAGCAUUAAUAAAUGAAACUUAGACUUUAGCCUAAUAGAAAAAAUCCUCAUAAGCCUGACAGUAAAGAUCCUAGUCCAUAUACUCCACAGUCUGGAAAGCCGAAAAUAAAGAGAAGUUAUUCAUUUGAUGACUUUAAACUACUUAAAAAUAAGCUGAAAAAUGAGGUUGAGAAAAAAACGAACAAAAAGCUUUCUGAAAAGUAUGUAAAUUUCCUUUAACGGAAAUUUAAGUCAGAUGCUGAACCUUUUUCCUCAUAGAAAUCAAUCUCAAGUUUAAAAAAGCAAAAAAGUAAUGCUAUGCUCGUAAGGAGGGCCACUGAAAAUAUGGACGUUUAGAAAUUUAGAAUAAUGCCAAGAAUAGAAAUUUUGAAACUUGAGGAUGAUGACUGGGAGAUCAGAUAGCAUAAACUGGCAGCUAAAAAGAAAGGAAAGAAAAAAAAGAAGAAGUCCAAGUCAAAAUACACUCGAUCCCCUACUCUGUUUCUUAGAACAUCAGAGAAUGACUCUCCACCUGUUAGAGUAAAGUCAGAUUAUGAAGUAUAAACUCCUUCUAACAUUAAAAGAUUAGAGGGAUCAACUUCAAAAGAUGAGGAAGAAAUAGUCAGGUAAACAGCAACAGCUCACUAUAAAUUAACUACAACAAGAUAUCAUGGAAUGAUGAAUGAGGAGUACAAUGAAGAUGACAUUGAAAUCAUGAAAGCCAAUUCCGAGCGAAAUCUGAUGAACUAGAAAAUAAAGCAAACUGCACUUAAAAAAGGAAUAUUUGUCCUGAUAUCCACUAUAAUAUUUAUUAUUGAUUCUGAGGUUUCGUGGACGCAUACCUAUAAUUAUGAGUAAGUAAGACUCACUACUAAUGUGCUUCGAGCCUUCAUCAUGAUGCUCAUAAUAUCAACAACUUUCUUGGUAAUCUAAAAGCAUUACUAUGCAGCGAAACUAGCUAGAUUACGUCAUUAAAUUGCAGCGGAAUAAAGACUCAUUUUUAAUAUGAAAGAAUUUCCUUUGUUUUUUGUCGAGUUGCUGAUCUGUAUUAUCCACUUUCCGCCAUUUUUCGAUGCAUAUAUCUCAGAAAUUGAUAAUGCUUUUGUAUUUCUGGCUUUUGCGUUUUUAUUUAAGAUAAUUGCAUGUUUGGAAUUACUUCAUCAUUAUUCUCCUCUAAACACUUCAAAAGGUAGAUUUGUUGGAUCACUCUCAAAAACUUAGAUAACAACCUCUUUCUUAGUAAAGGCAUGGAUUAAAUCUUACCCAUUAAUAGCUUUACCUUUGGGAAUAACAACUUUUCUACUUUGUAACUCCUAUGUAGUUUAUGUAAUUGAAAGAAGUGCUGUUCCUACUGAUUGUUAUGAAGUGGAUAGAUUGAGACAUGAUUAUGGCUUCAAAAAUUGUCUUUGGUUUUGUGUGAUUUCUUUUUUGACCGUUGGUUAUGGUGAUUAUUAUCCCACAAGCAUACCAGGAAGAACAGUCAAUACUGUGGUCAUCAUAGGAGGUAUGGUUUCUUCAGCGAUCAUUAUUGGACUUGUGCAUGAGUAUAUGUAACUCUCUAAUGAAGAGUACCAUGUCUUUAAAUUCAUUAAAACUAGAAAGAAGGAGUAACUUCGAAGGAAGAUCGCUGCUAGAUUAGUUUAGUUUAUGCUCUAAAUGCAAGUUUAGAGGGCGAAAGAGCUCAAUAAAGCUAAUAUAAAAUGGAAAAAAAAUUCGAAGGUUUAGAACAUUCGCAACAAGAUAUUUAUGACUUUAGAAAAAUGGAAGUCAAUCAACCAAGACUUGUAUGUAAAUAACAGAAGAGAGGUUAACAGCAUGUCUGAGAUGAAUGCAAUGAGAAAUAUAGAGGAGAUGCUUUCAGGAAUAGUCAUUAAGGGAGCUAAUAUUUGGGAACUUAUUAAAACUGAAAAGCUACAGAGACGAAUGGACAUUGAGAAGAGUUUUAACAGAUCUAAAAAUGAAGUAGCCAGGAUCAAAGAUGAAAUAUCCAAGAAUAAUAUAUCCUUGUAAAGAUUCAAGACUUAGAGAUUUGGAAGUAAUUUAAACAACAGCAAGAUUUAGGAUAAGUCACUGUUUAAUAAUUCUAUGAGGAGAGUAAUCGCCCACUCGUAAACUGACGGGCUUAACUUUGGGUUACAGUUCAAUAAUGCCGAUAUUUUGUCCUAGAGUACUUCUCAAGAUAAAUAUCAAUAAAGAUUGAAUUAGAAUAAAAACAUGCCAUUAAUCAACAUCACAAAUCUUGAUAGAUCUUCUAAAGUAUCUAAAUAGUAGGCUAAUUCUGGAUCUAAUUAGAAUUCCUCAAAGUUAUUUGAACGAUCUGACACUUCUUAGUCCAAGUAAAAUCCUAGCUACUGGAUGUAUAGUUAUUAAGAUUAAAGAAAUCACAUUGGGAUUGAUGAUGUAGAUGAAAAGAAGCGUAUUCGGAUGCAAGAGGCUGAAGAAAAUGAGGAAAUGGAGUCAGAGAUGCUCACAGAUUCUGAUAUAUCUGGAGGAGAUCCACAUUCACCCAGUGUAAUGUCUGACAAUGUUCAGUUAUAGCUAAACAAGCAUUUUUAAAACACAAGUUACACCUCUAAGAAGCAUUUCUAUAGAAUUGAUACGCCCAAUAAAUAGCCAAAAAAGCGAAAGAGAUCAGAUCGUGAAAGAAAGUCUAGCCUUAAGAGGACUAUGACUACAGCUCCUAGUUAAAAAAAUAGUCAGACGAGUUUAAAUCAUAGCAACUGCAGCCCUAUAACCUCAAACGGCUUUGACCUAAUUUUGAUGACUAAAUUUCCUAGAUAGCAAACAAACAUAGUAAACAGAGAAUUUAUCAUUGAAGAAGACUUUGAAGAGGAUUUAAGCACACCUAUGUCUAAGUGUAAUAAAAAAAAAUAGAAUACUAAUAACAACUCUAAAAACGGCUUCUCCGAUGCCGAAGCUGCAAUCAGUCAGUUCUAGAACGAGAAGAGCUUUAAUAACAACAUUAAUCAAUCGAAUUACUAUCGCUAGGAUACUAUAGUUAAAUCUAAAAUCAUGGGGACAGUCUCUAAGAGUUCAUCUAUGAGAAAUAGGGUCAAGUUCUAGGAUGAGGAAAGUAACACUAGUACUUAUUAUAAUAGAUUUAAUAGUCUUAAGAAAAAGAGUACAUCAAGGCAGCAAAAUCCAAGCAAGUUCAAGAAAGCUACCAGGCAAUUGUAGAACAAAGGUAAUGGUGGUUCAGCAACUCAGGAGUUAAAUUUGAACUACUUAGAUUUGUCAUAAUUUAGAUCUGAUUAGUCACUUAUUGAUGCCAUCAACAACCUGAAAUACGAUUAAUUAAUUGAUAGAACUAAACAAAGAUCUGAUUAAAGAAUCAAAAGAUAAGAAACUUAAUAUUAAUAUGCGUAGACGACAUCUGAUGAUGAUGAUGUGAUCAAUUAAAAAAGGAAAAAAAUCCACUUUUAAAUGAGCAACCUAGAAAUUUAAAAGAAAAUCGAGUAUACUAGAUUUAGGAAACGAAAAUAAGACUAGAAGUUAUUCAACUCUGAUUCAAGCAGUUUAUAUGGUUCAACUUCUCUUGAUCAUUAUCCAGACAUGAUACCAAAGAAUAAGAACAAGUAUCAGGAUAAACUUAUCAGUGUAGAAAUCCUUGGAGAGGAAUUAAAACGAGAUGGGUUAAGUUCUGGAGGUGACUUAGGAGGAUUUAAUGACUACCUUAACAUCUAAAAGAGGAAAAACAGUAAGACAAGCAGAAAGUCUAUAAAUCUCAAGAUUGAAAUCCCUGAAAAGGCACACGGACAGCCAAAUUUUAAAAGUCAAGAAUUUAAAAAUCUUUCACCUGAACUUCAUAAACUAAAUAUAUAUCCUUAGUAUUCUGGGUCAGAUAGCAACAAUCCAUCUUAGAAGCUUAGUAGCCAAAACCUAAACAACUAAGCGAACAGCAACUACCUGAGUGUAGUGCCAUAAAAUAUCUUUGGCAAUACACUAACUGCAUCUGCUUAUUCAGGAAGCUAAUUCGGUGGUAAGUCUCCAAUAAAGUUCAGAAAGCAAAACACAGCUUUUAGCGAGCAGAGUCUCAAAGAGAUUCAAAAAAUGCUGGAGCCUAUCCAAGAUACAAACAGCUAGCAUCGACACAAGAGUUUGGUCCACAACUCACUUAAUUUCAAUCUCAGUAACAACCUUAGUGUUACAGCUGCCAAUAUCAACAAGGAGAUUGUAAAUGGGAAUAGCAAUGCUAAAAUAAACACAAGCUAAAAAGUGGAUAAGCAAAUCAACAAUAAUGGCAACAACGUCACAAGUAGCAAUACAUCUUAGCAUAUUGGGAAUAAUCCUGCCUUGAAUUUUAACAGCAGCUCAUAGAAUAUGAUUAAUGUAAGCAAUAUAAAUAGUGCUCUUGAUAAGUCUUUUGCAUUUUCACCUUAGAAGAUACCAAUACAGGAAAACUCAAAUUUGAUUAAUAUGGGUGGUGGAACUACUACUAAUAUCUAGAAUAAAUCCUAGUCAGAGAUAUAAAACAUCUCAGGGAACAUUAGAUUAAAUUUGGGCCUAGUUUCAUAAUCUAAUAUUAUCCAGCAUCACAAUUAGAAUUAGCACUAAGUGACUUAAUUCCCAACUAUCUAUUAGCUUUAACUAAUGUGCUAAAAUCCAUAAUCUUCAGAUAGCAAUGGUAACAACAAUCUAAAUAACAUGAAUGGAAGCAAUAAUAACAAUAACGUCAUGAUUAAUAAUAAUAAUAAUGUAUAAUUAAGUAAGGAAUUGGUAAAUUUAAAGGACAAUAUCCAGAGUGAAAAUUUGAUAAUAAGUGAGGCGCAGCAGAAUCUUGACAAUAUUGAUAAGAAAUUUGAGAUGCUAAAGCAGAGACUUCUGCACAAAUUUUCUUUGUAAAUCUAACCUUGA